CCGCAGCAUGUCGCCCUCGCCGCUUCCCCGCCGCGCCGUGCAGCUGGCGCCCAGCUCGCUCGCUUUGGUCCUGCGUCGCCGCCCUCAGGGGCCCCGGGAAACGGCCGGAGCCGAAGCGGAGGCAGAGGACGCUGAGCCGGACUGCUGCGAGGACGAGGCGCGCGGCGGGGCCGUCUUCCAAGCGUUCCGGCGCGCCAACGCCUCCUGCUACUGGAACGCCGGUCUGGCGCGCGCCGUGGGGCGGGUGCGGCUGCAAGGCUGGCUGAGGGGCGGCGUGCUGCUCUUGCAAGGGCCCCCGGCGCCCCUCCAGCUCCUCCGCGACGCCUGGCUCCGCAGGGCGCUGAGGGCCCCCAAGGGCUUCCACAUCCGAGCCGUAGGUGAUGUCUCUCCAGUGCAUAUGAAUCCAAUUUCCCAGUCUCAUUUUGUUCCCUUGGCAGAGGUCCUGUGUUGUGCUAUAUCUGAUAUGAAUGCAGCUCAUAUUACAGUUACACAGGAAGCUUUACUGCAUCAGUUGGGAAAAUACUACCCAGGUAUUGCAACUCCAACCCAUGAUAUUCUCUACAGUACUCUUGGGAUGCUAAUUAAAGAGCGAAAGAUAUACCAUACUGGGGAAGGAUACUUCAUAGUAACCCCAAAUACCUAUUUUAUCUCUAAUAAUACUAUGAAGAGCAACAAGAGGGCCUUGCUGGAAGACAAAUGCCUUCCCCAGCCUCCUUUCACAUACUUGGUAAGCAUGGAAGAUGCUACAGAGCUGACACCAGAUCCUUUGCCUGUUGUAUCACAUUGUAGAUCCUGUUACUGUUUCCUUGGGGACAAUGAAGUGAAACCAACAAAAUGUCAGGAAUUAAUUAGCCAGGAGCCAAAUGGGAAAAGUCAAAAAGAUUCCUGUGAAUCUAGAUCUUCAGUUCCAAAACCAAGUACAGAGUCACUUGCUGAUGGAAUCUCCCACUCAGUACUUUCCGCAAAGGGAAAAGAUAAGGCUAAAAAGUUUAGUCUUAGCCUCUUUUGGCGCAACACUUCCAAGAAAGAAAAGGCUAAGAAAUCCCACUCUACGUUUUCUGCUCAGUUUCCUCCUGAGAAAUGGCCGGUCCAAGACGAAGAUAAUUUAGAGAACAUUCCACGGGAUGUUGAACAUGAAAUCAUCAAGCGCAUCAAUCCUAUAUUGACUGUUGACAACUUGACUAAACAUACAGCACUAAUGCGGAAAAUGGAAGAACAGAAGAAGUAUAUCAGCAAAGGAACCUCUACAGAAGUACUAACAAUGAAGCACAAACAUUUUUCAAAAGCAUACAGUUGGAAAAAACAGAAUAAAGCCUCAAAGUAUCACAGGAAGGGGCAGCAUAUUAAAGAAAAACGAGGGAAAUAUAAAACCAGUGAAGUGGUAUUGGCUGAUGACAAUUUGGCAAGCUCUGUUGAACAUCCAUUAUGUCAUCUUACAAGCGAAACGAUGGUUUGCAAUAGAAAGCCAGUUGAUGAGGAUGCAUUAGAUAUGGAGCCUCACUUUUUAUAUAAAAGGGAAAUCAAUAAUCCAUUUCAAGAUAUUCCAAAUAGAAGGAACAAGUCAUCAAAAGGUUACAAAAGUCAGAAAAAUUGUGAUAUAAACUCCAAGGCUGUUAGAUCAGAGAGGCAUCAUUCAUGGUCCCACUCUUUAGAUUCCUCAAGAACCAUGAAUUGUAAAGCUAAAGUCUCGGGGAAGUGUGAUGCUGAAGAGGAAAAGAAAAAACACUUAGAUCACCAGCAAUGCUCAGCUUUACGAACAGAUGGCACGCUCACAUCCUUGGCAGAGAGAGCCACUUGUAAGUGUAAUCUCCAAAGAGGGACAAACUCCCAAAAUGCAAUGGAGAUGCAAGAGGCUUCUAACAUUUACCCUACAUUCAAAAAUGAAGAAGAGAAAAAGUAUCCAGAAAAAUCUAUUCAAAUGCACCGUGAUAAAGCAAACAUGUGCAGUUUACCAAGUCAGCAUUCAGAUUGCUAUCUUCCCACUGAUACAGGUAUAAUCUGCCAAUUUAAACAGUCUGAAGUUGUCGCCGCACACAGACAAAAGGACUUUAGGAGUGAGAUACAGUCCAAGAACACAAGCCAAUGGCUCGAGUCUGUGAAUCCGCAGUACGAGGGAUUCAUUUAUGAUGAUCCAGUUCAAUAUCAAAAAGUGGAUAAUGAUGGUGCCCGUAGUCCUCUGUAUAAUGACCUUGUCCAGGAAGAAGAAACUCAAUCACCCAAAUUGAAAUCUUAUCAACUCCGAUGUAGAACAGAGUCAGAAAAAUGGAAUGACGUAAGAGAAGAUACGAGUUCAAAAGUAUUGGGAAAAGAAAAGGAUGAACCUCUCUUUCGAAGCUACCCAAAUGGUACAGAUACUGUUGAUGCAUACCAACAUGAAGACAGUGGUUUUCUUAGUCAGAGUAAAUCAAAGGGUAGCUUAAAGGAAUAUGAUGAAAUGAACUUGGAAGGAGAAACUUGUAUGUGUCAUCAAGUGUCUUCUAAAAACAAUGAAGAAAAAGAGGGUAUUUAUGAUCGAGGCCAGAGAACUGAUAAUACUGAAAGGCAUGUCCUUGAGUUCAGUGCGGUGCAGGAAGCAGAGAACAGAAUGUGGGAGAAGUCGGCAAACGAAGUAGCUAUGGAAACAGCUUCCUUGAUGUUGUCAUCCAAAGACUGGGAAAUUAAGACAAACCUUGUGGGAACACGACAGUCAUUUGAUAACUCAGAGGAUGCUCCUCUAGAUCGGGAAAUCCAACAUGGCCAAAACCACUUACAAGGCACAGGAAACCAGAGUAUAACAGGAGAUAGUGGGAUAGAUUCUCCCAGAGCACAAAGUAUGGUAUCUGCUAAUUCUGCCAUCUUGUAUGGACUAAAGAAAAGCAGCAGCUUCCUUAAGAACUUAGAAGGUAUAAAGAAGACUUUACACAGCAGAAAGUCUCUUACCUCAAACUCCUUACUUCAGUUGACACCAGUGAUGAAUGUUUAAUUUUUCCUCCUUUUUUAACCAAAUUUGUGAACCUGUUUGUAAAUCUAUUAAUGUAUUUGCUGUAAAUGUCUUAAACGAACACAUGUGCUAAUAGUAGGUAAGAUGUUGGCUAUUUCUUCCAUAAAAUGUAUGAAUACUUUGUAAUAAACAUUUUUACUGUUUUUUACUGCUGUAUUUGAUAACAAUAAGCUCAGAUCCUAGUAACUUCAGGGAUGCUCUCUUGGAAAAAUAAACGUGUGGUUAUUCAUUAGUUUAUGUCAAAUAUAUUUCUUUUAAAAUAAAGCUAAUACUUACUA